AUGCCUAUCACACUUCGAACCGCCCCCCAUCCCCCCCGAGCUUGGAGGAGGACUGACGCGGCAGAAACCCCCAAAGAACUUCUGAAAGGCUCUUGCCCAACUGACUACAGCCGCUGCAAGCUACUCGUGCAGUCCUCCAUCCAAAUCCCCGACGACGCACAAGUAUUCCCGUCUUCCAACGGCUUCGUCCGAGCCGUCUACCAAGCCUACAGCAACCACCACCACCUGAAGAUCCGGCCGGAGGAUGUCUGGUUUUCCAUCGUCGCCCAGCUGAGCAUGCACAUCAACGCGCACGCCGAGGAGCUGCGGCCGUUCUUCGUCGCGCACGAGGGCCAGAAGAAGCUGCAAGUCGUCGAAAGGGGAACCAUCACCACCGUGGACUUUGGCGAGCUGGCCAUCCGGAUGACGGACGAGAUCAAAAAGAACGUCGUCGACCCGGACUUGACGGCGUGGAUCAUGCCCGACUUUACUACGACGACCGACACCGACAGGGUGACGGCCGCGGUCCUAAUGAUGGGCGCCCUGCAGAAAUACUUCAAGUACUUCCUUCUUCUAACUUGCGGGAUACCCUCCGUGACUCUCCUCGGCGAGAGAGAAGACUGGGUUAAAAUCCGGCGGCGCCUGGAGUACCUACCCCGGAUGGGAAAGGAGCCCGCGCUGUUCGCAAAGCUCUUGACCGCGGUGCUCGACUACUUCAUCCGCUCGUUUGACGAGCCGACUAGUCCCGCGGUGCAGUCGUUCUGGUCCAGGAUAGCAGACCGACAAGGCGGCUCGGGCGUUGAGUAUUUCUCGGGAUGGAUCACCGCGUUUACGUUCUGGAAGGUCAACGGGGAGUGCAUGUACACGUCGCCGCUGGUUCCUUUUGAGUCGUAUACGCCAGACACGCACGGGUGUAAUCUCGACGGCACCGUGUUUCAUAUCAUCGAUAUGGCUGAUAUACCGGACGCGUUUGCCUCGGUCCCGGUUACGGUAAAUGAUAAUGGAGUUAUACAUGAAACAAGAUUGGUGGCUGGUUCUAUCGGGAUGGCCGUCUCUAGCAGCGGGGAACUAGUCGAAUUAGAAUCCUCGUAUUUCAUGAAUGGGAGGACUGAACUUAGCGACAAGACGGGCCCAGACACACUCCAGCCGGUUUCCGGUUGGUGGAUGUACGAGCUCGUAGAAGAAGGAAUUGAAUAA